ACGCAGAGAUAUAUUAGAGAGAGAAGAACCGCCUCGUUUCUUCUCCGAGAAGCAAAAGAUUACGACGCAUUAAAAAACCCCCACCCCUCACUGAUCACCGCUCCAGCUUUCCACUGAGCAGCGAAACGACUCAUCGAGAAAACCCCACCCCUUCCCCCUGCGAGGCUGAGGCUGCGAAUGCGGUCUGCUCGUCCGUGCGCGAGCGGGUGAAGAGCCAGCGAGCGAGAUGAGGGAGCACCGCGACCGCGAGAUGGCAGCGGAGGAGAGCGAUUUGGAGGACAUCGUGCUCUCCUGGUCGGUGCGCGACAUCAUGGACGACGACCUCUUCAAGGGGAAGGUCGAGAAGAUCCCAUUCAGCUUUAGUUCACUUGAUGACUACUUGAAAUCAUAUGUCCCACCUCUGAUUGAAGAAACAAGGUCAAGCCUAAGCUCAUGCCUUGAGCUCAUCGCAGAAGCGCCCUCAUCAAAAAUACUUUCCAUGGAAAUAGCAGGGAAAUCAGGACAGUAUUUUAUGGAUGUGGACUUUUGGGACAAUGGUGCUGGUUUCUCUACUGAGACUUAUACUGCUAGGAAUGGUGACAUCUUCAUUCUGUCUAGCAUGAAACCUGAAGCUGCAGAGGACUUCAACCGCUAUGGUCUGACAUAUUUCCUGGCAAUGGUUUCUGAAGUUUCUAUGAAUGACCAAUAUCAGAAGGGCUUCAGAGUGAAAGUUGCGAGUGAUACUGUCUUAGAUGGAGAUUUAACUAAACUCAGACAUGCAAUUUUUCUUGAUAAUAUAAUGACAAAUAUAUGGAUAUGGAAAGCACUUUGCUUUGACACAAGAAUGAAAAACAAUUUCACAAUAAUCAGGUCACUUUUGGCUCCCAGAAAUACGGAUGAAGAUGUCUGUGCUGUAUGUGUUAAAAAGGAUGAUGACUGUUUAGCUCCAUUUCCAGAGCAGUUACUGUCAGUUAAUCUUAAUCAAUCACAAGUGGAUGCCAUUGAAUCUAUCAUCUCAGCUGUACAAUGUAGGCAUUUAAACCUCACAAAACUUAUAUGGGGUCCACCAGGUACUGGAAAGACCAAGACUGUUAGUUCUAUACUGUGGGCUUUGGCUUGUUUGAAAUGUAGAACUCUUACAUGUGCUCCUACAAAUGUUGCUGUUGUUGGAGUUUGCACCCGAUUCCUUCAAAAUUUGAAGGAUUUCAACAAGAAAAUUGACAAAAGUGAUCUACCUCUUGCGCUUGGAGAUGUUUUAUUAUUAGGGAACAAGUACAAGAUGGAUAUCACCAAGGAGCUCCACGAAAUUUUCUUGGAUUAUCGUGUGGAUGAGCUUGCUGAGUGCUUUUCCUCAUUGUCUGGAUGGAGGUACACAAUUGCUUCAAUGAUAUCGUUUUUUGAGGACUGUGGUUCUCAAUAUGAUAUGCUUCUUGAGGAUGAUGGAAGCAGUGAUGCUGUGUGCUUUCUGGAUUUCCUGAAGAAACAAUUUGAUGUGGCAGCAACAGCUGUAAAGAAAUGCAUGAUGAGUUUAUGGAUUCACCUUCCAGGAAGGUGCUUUUCACACGAUAAUGUCAGCAAUAUAUCUAUGUUGUUGAGUUUGCUGGGAAAAAUUGAUGCUCUUUUAUGUGAUGGAGGUUUAACUGAUGAGAAUGCGAAAAAAGGCUUUGAUUUCCAGUCUACUGAGAAUUCUAUCUAUGGAAAGUUGAUGUCUCCUAUUGAGAAGGAACUGGAUGGAGCAAGGUCCUUGUGCCUUAAAUUGCUGAAAGAUCUUCAGAGUUCACUUAAUUUACCUAUUGGUGUAGACAGGAAUUGGGUUCAGAACUACUGCAUGCGUAAUGCAACUCUAAUUUUCUGUACUGCCUCUAGUUCUUAUCGGUUACAUAAUGCAGAGAUUCCUCCACUUGAUGUGUUAAUUGUUGAUGAGGCUGCUCAAGUGAAGGAAUGUGAAUUGGUUAUCCCACUACGUUUGCAUUGGUUGAAACAUGUUAUUUUGGUGGGCGAUGACUGCCAGCUGAGGCCACUGGUUAGAAGUCAGGUAUGCAAGGAAGCUGGAUUUGGAAUCAGUCUUUUUGAGAGAUUGGUUAUACUGAAUUUUGAAAAGCAUUUGCUGAACAUACAGUAUCGCAUGAACCCUUGUAUCAGUUUAUUUCCAAAUGCUCAAUUUUACAAUAGGAAGAUUUUAGAUGGUCCAAAUGUUCUUUCUCCUUCCUACAGCAAGGAUUACAUGGGCCUUCCUUUUGGUAGUUACACUUUCAUAAACAUCACUGAUGGGAGGGAAGAAAAGGAGGGUGCAGGAAACAGUUGGCGGAACCUGGUUGAAGUUGCUGUUGUUUUGCACUUGAUCCAAACCAUCUUUAAAUCUUGGAAAAAGACAGGCCAAGGGAUCAGCAUUGGUGUAGUUUCUCCAUAUAGUUCUCAAGUUGCGGCCAUCAAAGAUAAACUUGGCAAAAAGUAUGAUUCAUGUGACGGCUUUCAUGUCAGGGUCAAGUCAAUUGAUGGUUUCCAAGGAGAAGAAGAUGACAUAAUCAUCCUAUCAACGGUUAGAUCCAAUAGGAGGGGUGCUGUUGGAUUUCUUGCUGACUACCAACGGACAAAUGUUGCUCUUACUAGAGCAAGGCAUUGUCUUUGGAUUCUUGGAAAUGCAAAUACAUUAUGUAAAAGUGGGACAGUCUGGACAGACCUGCUUGCCGAUGCACAUCAACGCAAAUGUAUUGUUAAUGCCACUAAUGACACUGCAAUGUGCAAGUUGAUUAUACAUGUAAAGCAUGAACUUGAUGAACUUGACGAUCUGCUGAAUACUGACUCGGCAGUUUUCAGCAGUACUAGAUGGAAGGUCAUUCUAAGCGACAACUUUAGAAAGUCUUUCAUGAAACUGAAAUCUCCACAGCUAAGGAGGGAGGUACUUCAAAAGCUUGUCAAACUUGGUGGUGGUUGGAGGACAACAAUAAAGAGUUCUGAUGUAACUGAUGCAUUCCAGCUUGCAAAAGUAUACAGGAUCAGGGACCUUUAUCUUGUUUGGAGCAUUGAUUUGGAGAAAAAUGAAAGAUAUUUUCAGAUAAUAAGAGUAUGGGACAUUUUGUCGCAGCAACAUGUUGCUAGGACCGUUCAACAUCUUGAAAAUCUUUUUUCCAUGUACACAGAUGAUUACAUUGACCACUGCAGAAGAGUGCAGACAGAGGGGAAAUUGGAAGUUCCUGUAAUUUGGGAUGCAGGACAUAACAUUAUUCGGUAUAAAAAGGAUGUUAGAGUUGAUAAUCAGGAACAUCAUGAUCAUGUGGACACCUCAUGCACUCUGGAGAAUACAAAAGUUAGUGAAAGCUUCUUACUGAUGAAGUUUUACUCUUUAUCAUCUGGUGUGGCAAAACAUUUGCUGACAGCUACUGAUGGGAGUGAAAUCGAGGUCCCCUUUGAACUGACCGAUGAAGAGGAGGCGAUAAUUCGAUUCCCACUCACCAGUUUCAUUCUUGGGCGGUCUGGCACUGGGAAAACCACUGUUUUGACAAUGAAAUUGUAUCAAAUUGAGCAACAGUCCUUGAUUGCAUCCCAAGGACUAGCGUUGAACGAAGUUGAUACAUCUUUGGCUGAACAUGAAGGUACUUUGCUUGAGAAGGACACAAGCGAAAGUGGAAAUAUUGUGAAGCAAGUCCUUAUCACUGUAAGCCCAAAGCUCUGUUCAGCUAUAAAAAACCACAUUUGCAGACUUAAAAGAUUUGGCUCCGGUGAUGUCUCUGACCAGCCUAGCAUUCUUCAUAUGCAUGAUAUCAUUGAUGAUCUCGAACAGUUUACAGAUAUACCUGAUAACUUUAAUGAUCUACCACAUGAGUACUAUCCUCUUACUAUCACAUUCCGUAAAUUCUUGAUGAUGCUUGAUGGAACGUUCCGGACUUCUUUUUUUGACAUGUUUUGUGGAGAACUCAAGUCAAGCACUGAGAGAGGUCAUUCCAAAUCCCGAGCUUUGCAAGCUUUUAUUGAAUCCAAAGAAGUUACAUUUGAGAAAUUUGUUUCUUCCUAUUGGCCUCAUUUCAAUGCAGAACUAACAAAGAAUCUUGAUGCAUCAACUGUAUUUACUGAAAUAAUUUCUCACAUAAAGGGUGGAUACAAAGCAACGGGGCCUUACAAUGGUAAACUCGAAAGGGUUGAUUAUGUGAUGCUCUCUGAUAGAAGAUUUUCAUCUCUGAACAGUAAAGUGAGAGAUAAGGUUUAUGAUAUUUUUCUUGACUAUGAGAGUAUGAAGCGCACUGCUAGAGAAUUUGAUUUGUCAGAUUUUGUCUGUAGUCUUCACAGCAGUCUAGUUUCUGAGGGUUACAAUGGGGAUUUGGUGGAUUUUAUUUACAUAGACGAGGUGCAGGAUCUUACCAUGUCACAAUUAGCACUUCUCAAGUAUGUCUGCAGGAACUUCAAGGAAGGCUUUGUUUUUGCUGGUGACACAGCACAAACUAUAGCAAGGGGCAUUGAUUUCAGGUUUGAAGAUGUUCGCUCCCUAUUUUAUACCUCGUUCCUCUCUGAAACUGAAGCGUGUAACCAAGGAAGCAACCAAGGAACUAAACAUGGAAAACAAGUUUAUCUCGCAGAUAUGUUCCAACUCAGUCAGAAUUUUCGCACACAUUGUGGUGUACUUCGUAUGGCCCAGAGUAUAAUGAGCCUUUUGUACUACUUUUUCCCGUCUUGUGUUGACAAGCUUAAUCCAGAAACUGGUCUUGUAUAUGGUGAAGCUCCUGUUCUCCUCGAGUCAGGUAAUGAUGAGAAUGCAAUUAUGACUAUUUUUGGAGAAAGCAAAAGUGAACAUGAUAAACAGCAUGGCUUUGGUGCUGAGCAAAUCAUAUUGGUUCGUGAUGAUGCUACCAAGAAACAAAUUGUUAACCUCGUUGGCAAACAAGCUCUUGUCUUGACUAUUGUUGAAUGUAAGGGCCUUGAAUUCCAGGAUGUGCUGCUGUACAACUUUUUCAGUUCAUCACCAUUACGGAACAGAUGGAGAGUUGUGUAUGAUUACAUGAAAAGCAAAGAUGUUAUAGCAUCAUCAGAACAGAUAUCUCAUCCGGGUUUCGAUAGAAACAAGCAUUAUCUCCUAUGUUCAGAAUUGAAGCAGCUCUAUGUCGCUAUCACACGAACUAGGCAAAGACUAUGGAUCUGCGAAAGUACUGACGAUUAUUGUCAACCAAUGUUCGACUAUUGGAAGAAGUUGUGCAUUGUGGAGGUUAGACUACUUGAUUCUUCACUGAUUCAAGCAAUGCAGACAGGGAGCAGUGCUGAUGAUUGGAGGCUACGGGGUACCAAGUUAUUUAAUGAGGGGCAAUUUGAGAUGGCUACAAUGUGCUUUGAAAAGGCUGGUGAUGCAUAUAGAGAGAAGUGGGCAAGAGCUGCUGGACUUCUGGCAACUGCUGACCGUGUAAUCUCCACAAAUUUGGAGAUGGGCCAGGCUUCCUUGCAAAAGGCAUCAGAGAUUUAUGAGUCUAUUGGCAUGCAUGAGAAGGCUGCCACUUGCUACAUCAAAUUAGGUGACUACAAAAGAGCAGGAAUGGUCUAUAUGGAAAAAUGUGGAACUUCAAGACUUGAAGAUGCUGGUGACUGUUUUGCUAUGACUGAAUGCUGGUCACAGGCAGCUGAAGUCUACUUCAAAGCUAGAUGUUAUACAAAGUGUUUAUCCUGCUGCUCAAAUGGGAAAUUAUUUAGUCAGGGCCUGCAAUUCCUGCAGCAGUUGGAGAAGGAACAGUGUGAGAAUUUCAACUCAGAGGUUGCUGUCCUUAGAAACACAUAUCUAGAAAGUUGUGCAUUGCACUAUUUUGAACGUGGGGACAUGAAGCACAUGAUGCCAUUUGUCAAGGCUUUCAAUUCUAUGGAUCAUGUUCGAGCAUUCUUAAAUUCUAGGAAUCUUUUGGAUGAACUGCUGAGUAUAGAGAUGGAAAUGGAUAAUUUCCUUGAAGCUGCCGGUAUAGCUAAGCUUAAAGGCGAUAUCUUAUUGGAAGUAAACAUGCUAGAGAAGGCAGAAUUGUUUGAGAAUGCUACACAGCUUCUUCUUCUCUAUGUCACUGUGAAUUCCUUAUGGGCUCCACACAGUAGAGGAUGGCCUCCAAAAAGUUUUGCAGAAAAGGAACAGUUUCUCGUACAAGUGAAAGAGAUGGCAAAGAAAGUAUCUGAGGAAUUUUUCUUCUUGGCUUGCUUUGAAGCAGAUGUAUUGUCACAUUCACGUAAAUCUCUCGCCAGCUUAACCUACAACUUGCUUCAAGGCAGAAAAUGUGGAAACUUGUUAAUCGAAUUUAUUUCUGCUCGUUCUCUUAUUGAUGUUCAUCUUCAGUCUCAAACCUCUGGAUACAAUCUCGACUUAGAGCCAGGAUCUGAGGAUGAACAGUAUUGUCAUGAUUUUCUGGCCUGUAAUCAAAUGUCACUGAGAACACUAGCCUGUGUUUGGAACCACUGGAGUUCAAUUAUAGUCAAAGUGAUAGCUCAUCUUCAACACUAUCAAGAUCAAAAAGAAAAUUAUUUUGCAGCUAUGUGUGAAGAUCUUUGUGCUAAAUACUUUGGGUUGAGACAAGAUGGUGACAGUCGAUAUGCGGUACUUAACAUGGAUUCAAGUUGGCUUACUAACAUCGGUAGGAACUCUUUGGAACAAGAUGGCAACAGAUGUUGGCUGGACACUGUCCAGUUUAAGUCAUGUGCUCAGAAUUUCUUGGUAAAUGAGCUUUCUUCUGUUGGCUUUUGUGUAGUCCAGAAGAUGGAGUCUCUUGUUGAAGCUUCGUUGGAGCAAGCAUCAUCGCCACAUACCCAGUGGAGAACCAUCAUUAUCAUAAGUGAAAUUAUAAAGUUCAUGAAAGACUCGGAGUUCUGUCUGCCAAAAUUUCCCAAAAAGUUAGGAAACCUCUUCACUCUCUGCGAACAUCGCUUCUUUGAGUUACUUUUCAUGGCUUGGAGGGAUGAAACAACAAACAGCUUUUUCUUUAUGCUUGACUCACCGGCUGCAUAUGAUUUGAUUGUGGAUUCCCUUGGUUCAGAUCUUAGGCCAGCUAAUCGAAAGUUGACUCACGGGUACCUUGGAAGAAUAACUAUGUAUCUGCUGUAUGUAGCACGAUUGGAUGACACGGUGAAUUCAAAACUUGGCGAAUACCUGAAUAGAGGUUCAGAUUGGGCACGUUUUUUUCAGUCGUUGAAAAGAUUUCUUGAUUUUGGUGAUGGAAGAAGCACAUUGAUCUUGAACUUCAAACUAGCUCUUGAAUAUACUUUCAGUGCAAACUGGAGGACUGAACCAGAUUAUAUAUCUCUGAUAUGCUAUGUGAAUCUCAUGGAGUGCCUUGGUUUUUUAGCAUCUUCCUUUCUUAUAAUGGAUGGUUUUGUGUUUUGCACAAAAUCUCUUUUGAUUAAGAUGCUGAAGUGCCGCACAAGCAAGAACUACCUUGGUACCUGCCUGGUUUCUGGCCCAGGCAGCCAGGAUUUAGAUCAGGAUGUGUCAUUAUUGUCAAGGCGUUUCAUAUUCCAGUCAAUUAGGGAACUCUUGACAAAUAAGUGUGCUAUUCAAGGGUGGGCUCGGAAAACAUACAUUCCAGUCCUCCUGAGACUAGUAAUCUUGCUUUAUCUGGUGACUCUGUCACUUCCACGAGCGAAAUGCUAUGAGGUCACAGAUUUCCUAAAGAAGUGUAACAUUUUUGAGGAUUUACCACCGGAAUUCUCCAAUAGGAUUGUAAACUUCUUGAAUUUGAAGUAUCCCACGUUGACCAAAUUCAGAAUAAUAUUUGCUGAUGCACUUGCAGCAAUUGGUAAUCGCCUGGUCAUUCUUGGUUCCCCCAGCAAGGAAAUCUGCCGAAACUUAAACGCUCAUAUAAUUAGCAGUGAGGAUUUGAGUGAUGUUAAGAAAGUAAUGGUACUUCUUUGUCCAGCAGAGCAGGAAUCGCCUAUGCAAGAAGAAACAAAAACUUUCAGUGUUACUCCUGGAAAUUUCUCUAUCCCAAAAGUACGGGAUAAUAAGAUGGAGAGUAGACUUGAAUUGUAUCUGAGUGAUGAAAAUAUUUCCUUUUGGGAGAAAUUUGUCUCGUUUCAAGUCUUAAUAUAUGACCAGAAGGAUGCAUGGAUUGUCAUUCUAUUCCUUAGAAGUGCCCUUUCCUGGCUGGAGCUAAGUAGUCUUCCAGAAAAUAUUGAUGCACAAUUGUUGCAAGAGGUCAGGCACAUCUGCUAUCAAUUUGAAGGACAAUCUGUCAGGGAGAAGAAUGCUUAUCUGACUGUCGACGACCUUUACUCAACAUGGAGCGAUGGCGAGAAUAAACUGCAGAAAAUCAUCAGUUUUAUGCUCUCUGAGAGAGCUUCCAUAGAAGAAUCUGAAAGAAGGAAGGAAGCUGCACCUGCUGUCCAGUUGCACACGGACGGGGAUGAUGAAUGGAGUGACUGCUCAGAUAAUGAACCUGACACAGGAGGAAGAGAGACAUUGGAACCGGUCAAGGAAGAAGCAACGGGGACCUGCUCAACUUCAAAAAAGAAGGCGCAAAAGCAGAACAAGAAGAAAUCAAAGAAGUCCAAACGCGGCGGGAAGAAGUGAGCUAGUGUUUACCUAUAACAAGCUAUAGUUUGUUAUAAACUUUGGCACGUACCCUUCUCUCUGUAACAGCACUACCAAGGAUGCUUAGCUUGCUUGGAUGUACUGAAGAAUUAUGUCGUUGCUUCGAACUUACUAGCUUACGAUAUGUGACUGUUUCGUUGGUUGGGUGGGUUUAUACUAAAAUUUCUAAAAGGUGUUUUCCCCCCUUGGAAUAGCGCGGAUUAGCUAGGUGCAUGUACAACAUUUAUUUUAUCAUACAUCUACACUAGAUCGGGACGAGUAGGACCAUUUAUUCUUGAAUAAAGACAUAGAUUGUUUGCGA